UCGGCGUGCUAUCAGUGACAUGCUAUCGUUGUUGCAGUACUCAGCUGUUAUAGAGACUAUUGUCAGUGUGUGCGAACAGUAUGAGAUGAGCAAGUGCUUGUGUGAUUCUGUAUUGAGGCAACUGACAGAGGUUGGAGAACAGCUGAAAGAUUCAUCUCACAUGAAUCAAUUGACUACAGGUGAAAGUAGCCAACUGAAAAGUAGACUAGAUGCGCUACUAUUGAACACAGCAGUUGACAAGUUGCACCUCUUUGAUGCAGUGCAACAAAGUGAAGAGUUUUUUGUGUUUAUUCGAGACAACAAAUUUUAUGCCAAGGAAGGAAAAAGCAGCUUUUUUCAACAGGUUGGGUUGAUAACUAACCAGCUGCAGGAUCAGGAAUACAAUGAAACAGUUCUCAGUCAUCUCCGUAUCGCAUUUCAAUGCAUAGUACCAUUUACAGAUCCUAACAUAACAUUUGUAGAUCUUCUCAAUAAGCUGAGAAGUGACGAAAUUUUCAAUUUGGGGAAUUGGAUUUAUCCUAUACAAACAGUCAACAGCAAUAUUACUACCAUUAAGAUGUGGUUCUCAAAAUCUGAGGGCGACACUAUUGAAAAUGUUACGCGAGAUCUGGAAGCAAUUCUUGCUUCUGGGUUGUAUGAAUUUGCUCUUGGUCUAACUGAUGGGAGACAGGAUGGGAUUUCAGUGACUGCUGACAUUGUUGACAAAUGUCAGUUGACACUAGUAUACACAUUAGAAACAAAAUGUGUUCCUCAGCGACCCGUGUUGGCUGGACAAAGAUCCCUAGGAGGCAAUGGUGAUGCAAUGACAUCUUUGCUAAUCUCUCAAGAGCUCCCUGUUAUUGAACCAGAACAGAAUUUAAGUGAACAGGUAAAAGAUGUUGAACGAAGAAUUUUUGGUCACAGACAACUUUCAGUUGCUACAGUUCAGGCUGAAAUGGUUGAUGUGAAGGCAGCACAACAUCACUUAUUUGGUGAAGAAUUGGAUGAUUUUGUGCGCAAGCUAGGCUUUAUGCAGGGUGAACGUGGAGAUCAGCAACAGUUAAAAAUCAAAGAAUUUUUGAGAAAAAAUGAUUUAAUGCAGGAAAUGUUUGAAAUCUGCUCCAAACUUCACAGACUAGGCCAUCCACAGUAUCGAUGCAAGCAGCUCCGUCAUUUAGUGGCUACUUCUGUUGAAGAUACAGAAAAGAAAGUGAAAGAUUAUGGCUGUGAUCUAAAGAUAUGGCAAGGAAAUAUUUAUGACAUGCAGAGGGCUUAUAGAGAGCUACUCUUUUUUAGUGUCCAACGAACCCUUGCAUUGGCUAAAGCUCUGAUUCAUGAGAACUUCCAUGAAGUUGCCAACAUAGUUUCUGCUCUUUUUAGCAGCAGUCAAGAUGCAAUUGCUGUUGUUGAAACUGCAGUCUGUAAAUGUUAUGACAGUGUAAAACGUCGAAUUCCUUCAUUAACAUCAAGCAGACAGGUCCUAGUGCCACCUUUUGAGCUAUGUGGAAAAUUUUUGGAGGCAUUAGUGAAAGACAAGACAGUUGUUUGUUAUUUGUACCCUAGUCGUAGAAUGUUACCUGGAAGUACGACACCAAAAGGACACAUGGUUCAUGUAGCUUGCUCUUGUAGUCCUGAUCAAGUCUUUCGACUUUUGCUGCAUAUUUAUGGUGGACUUCCAGAGUCUUUUGAAAUGAUGCGAUGCUCAUCAGCUACUUCAACAGAAGAACUCGAACUCUUUCUUCAAAGGACUAUCAUGAUCCAAUACAGAACAUAUGUAUUAGUGAAUGUGAAUCAAUUGAAUACUGCUCUACAAGAACGUAUUCUCAGAUUUCAGCUGGAUUCAUCAACAAGCCAAUCGAUACGAAUGCACUACAUCAUGACUGGACCAUCUAUUUUUCACUCUGCACCCUGGAUCAAAGUAAAGCAAUACAAAGACAACAAACCUAGACUUUCUCAAACUGAGAUAGAUGAAAUGUGCAAGAAGAAAAUACUAGGAGACACUGGUAUUAAAGAAAUUCAGUUGGUCUAUGGACGAGCUGGUGAUGGAAAGUCUCACUACAUCAAGAAGCAGAUGAAUGCUGCUGCUGGUGAUACAUGUACUAUUGCUGUACAUGAAGCAUUCAGUUUAUGUGGAGCAAUCAAGAAGUUGCAGAAUAUGACACUGAAGCAUAGUAACUGUAUUUACUUUAAUGUUACAAUUUCACUACCUAGUAACAUGCAAGGUGCAGAAGCCUAUCAAUAUCAGAGUGUUAUGAACACAUUUUCUUGGUUCUUAUUUGACUUGUUUGGAUUAGGGUUUGUACAGGACCCAGUCACUGGCCACUCAUAUAGAUUGAGAGCUAAGAGAGACUGGAUGGUAUAUAUUGAGGUUCCUUCAAUUUCAGAUCAAGAUGAAGCAAAGGCUGCUCUGAAUUUGUUUUAUGACUAUGUACCGUGUCUAAAAUACAUUGGUACUGAACAUCAUAUUGCUGCUAUAGAUCCGUUAGAUGUUGAUGAUGACAUACAGUUGGUAUGUAAGUAUCUCAGAGCUCUCAGAGCUCUUGGAGACCCAGAGUAUUCCAUCAAUAGGCGAUGCACGGGUGACAAAGAGGUAAAAAUUUCUCGUGAUCCUGAUUUGCCACAGCACCAAUGUCAGGAAAUUCUUCUUAGAGAGAUGGGUGACCAUGUGAGAGAUCGCAAGAUUAUGCAACAACUUUUUGUGAAGUACAUGAAAAGACGUUGUGAUGUACUUGAGAAUUUUCCAGGAUUCAAUUUCAACACUGGAAUGGGGGAAUAUAUAGAUCAGAGCCAUACCACUGAUACAACAAAACUGGGCUCUACGUUGUUAUCAACAAUGCUGAAAGAGGUGAAUAGUUUCUGCCAUCCUGACAUCCAAGAAGAUUGGAAGCACCACCCUCAUCAGCAGCUUGUGUAUGAUUUUAAGAGCGAAUCAGCCAGUUUUCUGUUUUUGUCACUCGAUCCUACCAAACUACAUCCUGAUGACCGUGAAAAGUUGGAGAUUAUCGGUGUUGAAAUACCCUCGGUACGACAGCUGAAUGAUCGUACAUUGUUAGAUAGGUACCUUUCAAGUGCUUUGGAUGUUAACUUAGAGCUAAUUCAAGCUCCUGAUGGUUCCAAACAGUAUCGGCUAUCAGCAAUAGACAAUGAGAAAUAUGUCCUGACAGUAGACUAUGCAGUAAAGAUGCUUAAUAUUCAUGAAAGAAGAAUGUGUGGUGUGCCAGUAGUGAUUGAAGGAGAAACUGGAGUUGGGAAAACAGCAUUGGUCCAAAUGUUGUCUGUUUUGUGGAAUCAGUCACUAAAGAGGUCUCGUUAUUUUGCUCUUCAACGAGUUUCUGAACUGCUGCAGACAAGAGCAGGCGCAGGGCCUCUGCCUGAUGAUUUUGAUUCUCAUCUUGGAGCAGAAGACGUGGAUGCAGCAUUUCGUGUUGCACUUUGUAUCAACACAGGACGAAUUCCUGUUCCAGCAGAUGUCAGAAAGGUGUGUACAGUGUACUGGCAAGAUAUUAGAAAGACACUUCUAGAUGCUGUUAUGGAGCCAUCCAUGUAUAUAUUGGAUAUUAGCAGAACUCUGAUUGAGAAGGCUAUGAAUGAAGACAGCGCAGUCACUACUGCAAAACUCUUGGAAGCCUUUCUUACCGUCAAAUCAUUGGAUACAUUUUUCAAGUUAAAUAUUCAUGCUGCUUUGACUCCAGAGGAUAUCACAAACUUUUUCCACCCUAAAUUUCAGGAAGCAAAUAUGUUGUUACAGCUGACCACAGAACGUGGUGGACUGCAUCCACCAACGGUUGUUAUCUUCUUAGAUGAAAUCAACACAUCUUCAUGCAUGGGGCUUUUCAAAGAAUUGCUUGUUGAUAGGAGUUUGGAUGGAGAGCCAAUUCCUUCUAAUGUCUUUGUAAUUGCUGCAUGUAAUCCACACCGUGGAAGCAGUGCAGCCAUACGGAGUUGCUCUCAACAGAAUGACUGGGUGUUAGGAUCAUACUAUGUACGUCCACUUCCACCAACACUCCAGUUUCUUACUUGGGAUUAUGGAGCACUGGAUUAUAGUCAAGAACGUGAUUACAUUCAGGAGAAAAUUGCUAUGAACAGAGGAGAGUUUGAUGUUAGUCUUCAGGCAAUGCAGCACACAAGUCUUAUUGCUGAGUGUCAAUUCAUGAUGCGGGAGUUUGCAUAUGAACAGUUGCGCCAAGUUGGCUUUCCUCAUCGUGAAGCAGCAUUGAGAGCUAAGAGUUGUGUUAGCCAGCGAGACAUCCAACGUGUAUUUGCCUUGACUUCUUACUUUGAACAAUCAUAUCAUAAAGACUUUCCAACUCUACCGGAUGACCAGAUUGCCCGUCGUGCUGUCUUGCUAUCACUAGGGAUUAUUUACUAUCUUCGCUUGGAUGAAAAGUAUAGGAAACAGUUCUCAAGAAAACUGCAAUCUAUUGAAGCUGGAACAAGGAAUGAUUCAUUUGAGGAUGUCUUCAGAAAUGAGAUAGACUUUUAUGUUGAAAAGAUGCAUAUUCCUGUUGGAAUUGCUAAAACGAGGACUCUGAAAGAGAAUCUCUUUGCGACUGUGGUUUGCACAUCUUGUCGUUUGCCACUAAUUAUUGUAGGAGCACCAGGAUCAUCCAAAACACUUUCUUUCAACUUAACUUUAGCAAACUUGAAAGGUGCCGAGUCCAAGAAGUCUUUCUUUCAUGAUACAAAGCGUUUUCCUGCUUUAGAUGCUUAUCAUUAUCAAUGCUCAAGACGUUCCACGUCUCUUGAGAUUGAGAAUGUUUUUAAAAGGGCAAUUAAACGGCAGCAAAGUCACAGUAGUGCUAGGCUUCCAAUUAACUGUGUUGUGUUUAUGGAUGAAGCUGGUUUACCAGAAGAAAGCCAUGAGUCUCUAAAGGUGCUGCAUUAUUAUCUGGAUGAUCCACAAGUGUCUUUUGUUGCUAUUACAAAUCACAUUCUUGAUGCUGCUAAAUCUAAUCGAGCUGUUAACUUAUUUAGACCUCAAGCAGAUGAAGAAGAUCUCAAGACGCUUGCUCGAGGUUGUCUUUGCACCAAUCCUGCCAACCCAUCACCAGAGCUACGUAAUAUUGUCAAUGCUGUUGAUAAAUUCUGCUCUGCAUAUGCAAGUCUUAUGCAAGACAAGGACUUUGAGAAGUUCUUUGGUUUGCGAGACUUUAUCCACUUCAUAAGUUACAUUCGACGCCAUCGAGGUACUUCAACUGAACUAACUGCUGAUUUAGUUCUGAAGGCACUUGAACGAAACUUUAAUGGUGUAGCUCAAGAAAAGUUUAAGUGGAUUGCUGAUACCUUUUUGUUGAAGCUAAAGUGUCCUUUAGAUACAGCCAAGCAACGAAAUACUGUGGAAGUCCUCCAGGAGAGUCUUGCAGAUCUUAGCUUGGCUCAGUCUGGAGACAAUGACGGUGUUGAAGCAGAAGUACGUUACAAACUGAUAAUUGACACAAGUGAUGAUGAUUCUAUGACACGUCUGUUGUUCAUGUAUGGUGUAUUGGACCAAUCUUCUACUCGUACAUUUACAUGCAGUGAUUUUCCCGAUGAUGGUGACAUUCAGAAAGUUCAUAUUAUAUCUGCCAUUAAGCAUGCUGCUUUGGAAGGUCGAACUGUUAUUCUUAGGCAGACCGAUGAUAUCAAUGAAAGCUUUUAUGAUCUCUUCAAUCAACACUUUAGAAGAAUUGAUGAUCCCAACUUCAAAGAGGGUCGGCGUUAUUACGCAAAUAUUGCCAUUGGUUCCCACUCAAAACCAUGCAGGGUUGAUCCUAAAUUUCAAUGCAUUGUGCACAUGCAGCAGUGUGAAGUCAGGGAUGCUCCUGCUCCAUUUCUCAAUCGAUUUGAAAAGUUUUUAGUGUCUCAAAAUAACUUUCUACAGAUUGCACUAGAUGCAUUACCUGUGGGAAUUAGCAAAAUCAUAGCUAUAGCCAAGGAGAAAGGUGAAGCCUUUCAGAGAACUAUAGGAGAACAGAACUUUUAUGGUGCUGAGCAACAUACUCUACAGUCACUCUUUCUAGAACUUCUACCACCACCGAAUCCCAAACAAGACAGAAACAGUUUUUGCGUACGAUUAGCAACUGUUGUUAAACAGGAAGCUAUUGCAGUUGAAUGUCAAGGUGUUCAUGAUGGAGAUAAUGAUGAUGAAGAAGAGGAUUCAUACAGUCCUUUGGAUGAGAACGAGUGGAAUCAGCAUGCUGCCACAAUCAUUAGUGACUUAGAAGAUGCACUCAGAGAAUUACUGGGAUUUCGAUUUUUGAAACGAAGAGUGGAAGAGCGUGUGUUUCAAGCAGAAGCUGUUGUUUCAGCAACUUUAAAACACUUUGAUGAACACGAUGGAACUGCAUGCCAGCAAGAACUGUUCAAAGACAGCAAGAAAAUAACAGUGUGGCUUGCCAAGGGCAUUCUGAAUUUGACAGAAUUUCCAAGAGGUGCUCACCCAGCUAAAUCUUUAGCUGACAAUUGGCAAUCUGUUGUGGCAACACGACAGGAAAGUUUUGCUAUUGCUUUACUAGUGCAGUGGACGGUAUUUCAUGUUUGCAAUAGUCUCUUGAAAAUUGCAGCACCAGAAGGUCUUAUUAUGAAGUGUGAGCACAUUCCACAACAGUACGUGCUAGAGUAUUUGAAUGAACAGCCACAUUUUAGUCUCAAGGACGUGGUGUCAUACAUAUACAGGGACAUGGCUGUUGGUAGUCAGCAAGCUGCAUCUAAAGUAAUAUGCUUUACAAGAACAACCUCUGUAGUGCAUAGUUUACCUCUUAGCUAUCCUGUAAAUGCAUUAACAAGCACUGAUAGUCAUUCUAUUAGAAUGGUGGAACAACUGCUUCCUGGUAAUUUGACGUCAGGUCUGAUGAUGUUGAAACUUGAAAGUAUUCGAACAUUAGAAUCAUUUACAAAUAUUCUGGAGGAGUUUAUUGAGAGUGACACUACACGUCUGUUGCUAGUCAUUGCUAACAUGAAGAGCUGUUCUAAGAGAAGGAUUAAUCAUGUGCGUUCAAUGAUAGAAGAGUGUGAGGAGGGAAACAUUAGGAAGCACUUUAUUCUCUUGCUUCACUUUCCUUCAAGUAUGGGUUUUUCUCAGCCGUGCUACCCAACACUCUUUCUCUAUGGGUGGGAACAUUUGUACCUCGAUAGCAUCUCUAUGAGUGAACAAUCAGAUCCCAUUGACUUACGCCACUGGAUGCAAAUAUUGUGUAAUUUAACUAGGGGCCAAAAUGACUUAAUUGCAAUACAACUGAACCAAUUUUCGAAACAGCUACGAGAAGGGCUGGUGCAUCUUUUACCAUUGGCAAUUGAUGUGGCGACAUCUCGAGUUUUAUUUGGAGGCAAUGACCUAUUCCACCUGAAUAGGAAAAUGGAUGCAAGAAAGAGAGCAGAAACACUGCUGCAGUUAUUGAAUAAGCUACCUGCUCUUUCAGAGGUCCUUUGUGAAAAGUUUGCUAAUGCUUGGGACAUUAAUGCCAUUUCAGAGCAACUGAUGAAAUCAGCUCAUUCUCAGCUUGAGCAAAAUUCUUGCUUAACAGUAUCCGAACGUAUUCAAGACAGAUUUAGAACUCUUUUUUAUAACUAUGUGUCACUGUUUCUUUACCAGCUUAAUAGAGACUAUAAUGUGGAGAUUCUCUUUGGGCCAUUUGACUCGGCUAAUGAAGAAGUUGCAAUAAAGGACUUGUUUGUAGAAAUUGUUAAAAUUUUGCCUGUUCCUCAGCUGAAUGAGCUACGUUUUCAAAACCAUACUUUUGAUGCUCGGCAGUCAAUUCGUCAUAUACAUCAGAAACCUUCAUUUCCGUUCUUUUGCCUUGUUGCACAAGAAAUUGACCAAGCUCUUGAUGAUGUGUUGGUUGAAAUUAAUGAGGAAGUUGCUUCAAGUUUGAAUGAUAUACAAACAAAUGAAUACGCAACAACAAGGACACAAAAACAGUUGAAGCAAAUUAGACUAUUCGAUAUUGAAGACAGAGCAGCGAGUAGUUUGUUGCAGUUGUUGAAAACAACAGAUGAUGUAGAUAACAAUAGCCUUUCUGUUGCUCGACGGGCUUGCCAAGCAGUUGAUACCAACGAGUCAUUGUGGGAACGAUAUUUAGCUGAUUUUGCUCGUGUAAAAUUGCACUGCCAUCUCGGACAACACAAAAGCCAGGAACAUCGUCUACUGAGUGCAUGGCUUGGUUGCUUACAAACUUACUCUCCAAAACAACGAAUCGUGGUACUCCACAUCAUUGCUCGGCUACGUCCAAAAAGCAUUCGUUCUACAGUUGCUGUGUUGCGCCCUCUUGAAUCACUAGAAGUUCUACAUCCAGACAUUAUACCAUCUGAUAUUAGUAUUAUGACAGAAUCAGGACAAGAUCUUGAAGGGCAACUGUAUCCGUACGUCAUCAAGGUUAUGUACAGCUACCUGGAGAAUAUGGUUCAAGCCCCAUUGUCUGAGACACUGUUCAUCCAGUGGUGUGAUGUUUACCAAAACCUGAAUGCCAGCUUGCCAGGUAUGAGACUCUAUCAGUUGAAAGUAGUAGACAUCAAAUCAAAACUUCAAGCCAUUCAUGUGGUAUUUGUUUUCAUGAGGGCACUGAAUUUUGACAAGUCUGUUUGUGCUGUUGGACUGAAGCUGGCACGCGAGGUGUGUGCAACAUGCAAUGCUCAAACAGAAAGUGUGCGCACUGUAUAUUCUGAUGUGCAGAGCUUAGCUCUUGGCAGUGUAACAGAAAUUGGUCUAUGUCGUUUGCGUGAAGCAUUUGGGGUUGACUUAGGAGAGGCUCCUGUACCUGGCGUAGUUGAUGAUUUUGUAAAUGCGAGUGCUGCUUUUGUGGAGGAUGUCUUAACUUUCUAUUUUCCUUCUCUUCCUCGUGGCACUAGUCUGUUCUGUUCAUUGCCUGACUGCCAUUGGUUAAUGACCAUGAUCAAUAGACAAGACCAUUGGUCUGUGGAUGUAGUGGAAUCGUCUCAAGACUCAUUCAGUUUUGUGCGUCGAUCACUGUCUAGAGAAGAGUCAGUCAAAGCCACUGAUUGCAUUCCCGUGGGAAUGUUGCACUUUAAAGUUGCACAAUACUGCUUGAUGCAAGCUCUCCAGAUUGAUUUUGACCACAAGAUAGGUUUUAGCUCGGCUAUUCGACACAUGGUUGGUGAAGUGCUUUGUGAGCAAUCUAAUGGAAGUGACAUGAAGCCUUUUAUUCCUGCAUGCUAUCCUGAAAGAUUGAGAAAAACUAAGUCAUGUCUUCAGUGUCCUCUUGCUUCUGUGUAUUUCCAUUGCUGCUUGAAACAAUUAAAGUCAAAGUUUGGUGAUGCUGAUUUGUCACAUUUGCUUCGACUUAUAGAGCAGUAUGAUGCGGAGAUUCAUACAGCUGACAAGCAUGAUCUUGCUGUUCUGCAAGUAGAACGUCAAGCUGUUACUCAGGUGUUCAUCAGAAAGUUUUCUGAGUUGUUUGAUCCAGAAUCCAUAGAACAGGCUAAACCUCUUUUCAACAAUUAUGUCAUCAGACAAGUUAAUCAAUUGUUUGGUGACCCAGCUUGGGGGGGUGGAGAAACUGGAGGCCACAUCUUCGUAUUUCUUCAUUACUUGUCACAACGUCUAAUGAGCACAAGGAGUUUAAUCAGCAUCUUCUCUGAUCGAUAUAAUUCACUGUUUACAUCAUUUCCAUGGAUGCAACGUUUGUUCAAUGAUCUUAAGGAGAAGCCAAGUGUCCAGCCUCACUUGUUUCCAUUUAUGGAGAAUGACAGUUCCAAUCAAACUUACCAAUCAUUUCUGUACAAACAAGUUUCUCUCUUUGUUAUUGCCAUAGCUCAGGCUGCAUUAGGAAGAAACAACAAGGCAGAGGCAGCAGCUGUAGAUGCUUUGUGUGACUUUUGCAGAACCGAAGCAUGUAAGGGUGAAGGCUACAGUUCACACUUGCGUAUGAUGGUAUGGCUUGCCGUUUACUACCACAUGUAUGAACAGAAGAUCCAAAGCAAUCGUCUAUUUGAAGCAGUGUUUACACUUGACUGCAUUGGUUUGAAUCAACAACAGUGUCAACUGUUGGCGUGCUUUGUUGCACCAGAACAAAUGGUGCGUUGCCCUGAGCCUUUGAAUCCAAUUAAUGCAGAUGAACAGAGACUUGAGCUACAUGGAACUGGUGUAAGACGAUGUACAGACCGAAGAUCUGAGAAAAUAGAAGAAACAGAUCCUAUUUGGGAUCUUUUUUGUUUAUCUAAUGUUGAUACACAAGAUGCGUCUGAUGUUGAUCUUCGAAGAGCACUUGUUCUUCUUGCUGCAGUUGUUUUGGGCCUUCCAGCACGUUCCACUCAUCUUUGGACUCACGUGUUUGAACCAGGACGUCUUGAGGGAACAUUUGUCACCGGCAAUUUGUAUUCUAAUGCUGUGAAACGUGAAGGUCUUUUGUAUGAUUGUGGCUGUGAGCUGACUGCAGAUGGUGACUAUGGACGAGCUGAUUACAGUGCUCAUGCUCUCAGAGGGACUCUCAAUCUUCAUUCUUUGUAUCUACUACUGUGGGUCAAUUUUGGCGGAUUUUGUCUGUCACUGUUAACUCAACGUGAUGCUCAAAAUGCAUUGAAAGGUGGUGUGAUAUCCGACUGGCAGUCUGUGCGUCACUACUGCCUUUCGCAACUGAAAACAAUGUGGAUGCUAAUGAGAGACAAUUUGAGUUUCUCAGAUGAAGAGAGGACAUUGUUUGUCACAACAGCAUUGCAUAAUUUUUUUGAUGUAGCACAAAGGACUCAUUCACCACUUCGUGGUGCCAUUUUUAAAACUCCAGAGGAUCUGGACUGUUAUGAGAAGUCAUUUCAUAUUGAAGUCUUUCAGCCAACAUUGCAAAGUUUUGAAGACAAGACUAUUAUAGAUGAGAAGAUUUGGCAACGACAUUCUCUUCUGACAUCUCUAAGAGCAUUUUCAGCUACUUACCCUUUUGAGCCUACAUAUAAAGACUUCUUGCACAGUCUUGAAUAUGUGCAGGGGGCUGGCAACACAAGCGCGUGUCAUGAGUUGUCUGUGUUGUGCAAAUUUGCAAGAGAAAAGCAACGUUUACGGAUAGGUGGACUGUUGCUGCCAGAUUUAGUUGAGUUUUAUGUGUGGUUACACCAACAGCUUUCACACUUGAUGACGAUGAAUCAGGCUCUUGAACUGUCUGUUGGUGAUGUUGUUGAACGACUCGCUAAUCGCUACAGCAAAGGUUAUGCAGACUACAUUCGAAGGCUCUUUUCAAGAGUCCAAGAGAGUUACAAUAAAUAUGUCAAACUGAGUGGAGGUGUUAUUGGUCAUGGAGCGUGCUUGCGUGUGCACAAAAACAAUGAGCUCCAGCCAAUCAACAGCAAGAGCACUAAACUGGCACAAUUGCUGAGUGAGAGUGAAGAAGAAGGAGACUGUCCUGAUGCUCUCUUUGUUGUUAUCAGAGCUUUGGUGACUGCCCAAAAUGAUUUUGUGCAGGCAGUGAUGACUGAUAACAGCAUUCACACAAGUAAUACAGCAACUCUAUCAAGAAAGUUUCUGUCUGCUAAUGAGGGUGAAGUCAGUGCUCUCGAAUUGGGAUGGCAUAACUGUUUGAUGGGAGACAUUACUCCAGAAGAAUUGCAACCAUACUUGAAGAGAGAAAUAGAAUCACUGGGUGAUCAACCUGGACUUGAGUUAAUGAAGAUUGUCUCUAGGCAUCACAUGUAUGUGCCUGGUGCUGGCAUCACUCAACAAACUGGAGUGGUUGCUGCAGACUUGACUGCUAGCUUUUUGGCAAAAUACUCCUUUAAAGCAAGCACCAUGUUUGAGUUUCACAGGCUGCAGCAAGAUAUUGUGACCCAGUUUAUUGCUGGCAAACCAUUUAUUAUUGAUCCAGGACAAAUCCGCAUUGUUUUUCGCUAUCGUCAACAGCAUGCUGUGCUGUUGCAUUCAUCUCUUAGGUUAUCUGACCAUGCUGAAGCACACGUUGACUUACCAACUUUAGAACUUGAACUCCAAACUCAGUUUAAGUGGGAUCUGUCUGCUGCUCAGAGAAAAGAACUAGACAUUAUUUUUCAUAAUUUGAAGUAUAGAGAUUUUGUUGAUUUGAUGAAAGCUCUCAGGGCUGUUGCUGGUCACCUUUGCCAGGCUGUGAUGGAGAUUCAGUCUGCUGGCACAGAACUGAGAGAGAGAUGUGAAGAGUUGAGAUGUCAUACUGUGUCUGAUUUCUUAUUAUGUGUGUACAAUGAGCCUGCAUGGAGUGAGGAACUGGGGACAAGAAUUGGCUUCCCACACAACCUUGCUGAUCGCCAACGUGAAAUGUUGCUUGAAUUGCAUUUGUCGUAUCUUUAUGAAACACUUGCUGUGUUCCACUCAAAGUUGUGUGACGGAGAGUAUGAGUUUGCCCAUUUGCCAUUGUCUUUGAAGACUCCACUAUCAGACUUGAGAGUAAAAGCCAUCAACGACCUACCAGCAGCGUAUGCAGAGAGGGGUGAACAGUCAUCAAUUGUACAAAGCCUUCGGCAAUUUGAUCAGACACUUCAUCACUCAGAACGGUUUCUUGAGCAGGAGGCUAAGAAAAGUAUUAGUGCUUUUUUGGUUGACAAUAAGUUUUAUGAUGCCAGCGACCUUCCUAUUUGUUGUCUGCCAGAAGACAUCAAAGUGGAGCAUUAUAUGCAUCUCAGGCUGACUAUACAAAAAGUUUUAUAUAAACUUCUUGCAAGACCCAGUGUGUCUUUUGCGUCUUCAGAGAGUCAUCAUUGGACUGAUGUUGUCAUUUCACUUGUGGAUGAGUUUCCUCAACUGUUUCAACAACUCAGAUCUGAACCAUCACUACUCUCACAGCUGCCAGUGUAUAAGCUUGGUGGGGAAGGCGGAUUGCAUCAUCCUCUGUGGUUUGAAAAGGCAUCAGGCAAAGGGCUAGAGGAGGACUACGUCUUACCUGAUGGCAGUGAUGGUGAUGAAGACAACGAUGAAAGCGAGUUUGAUCGUGUUGAAGAAAACAAUGAUUUUUUUGUUUUCAAUACUGACGAUCCUUCAUUGCCACCCAUAUAUGUAUUACCCGAUCAAGUGCAACUUGAAACUAGGGCUGGUAAAGUGGAAGAAGGAAAGGGACCUGUAACUACUGAAGUGGCAUCCAUCCUUCUUUCUGAUGACUGGGAGACUAUUGACAAAGCAGAAGAACAGAAUAGUGUAGUGGACAGUCCACCUGUUGCUGAAACAGCAAUGGUCGACAAAGAACCAAACCUUGAGCUUCUUGAAGCAGCAUCAAAAUCAAUUACAGAAGAAUCGGUUACACCAGAAUUGGGUACAGCAGGAAGGACAGGAGCAGUGGAUUUGAGCCAAUUGUUAGAGAUGUGCAGUCCAGAUCAAAAACAGAGUAUUCAACAACAGCUGCUUCGUGAAGCAGGGAAAGACUUAAGUUUUAUGUCUGUCGAUGACGUUGAGCAGUUUUUGGAAUCUAAUGGUUUUGGUCAGUAUAAGGAAUCAUUCAGGACAAACAGCAUUGACGGUGGCGACCUUCAAGAACUCCAACAUGAUGGCUUGAAAGAACUAGGAGUCAAACCACUUCAUUGCUCCAAAAUUCUGAAGCUCAUAAAACAGGAAAAGAAGAAAUAAAUACAGUACGUAGUAUACUAGUGAGACGUGUAUGUGAGACGUGUAUGUAAAUUAGAAGGGAUUUGAGCAGUUGAUCGUAGAGGGGGCAUAGUGUAGAUGAUUUUGUGCAUUGUUUGUGUUAGCUUGAACACGUACAGUGUAGUGGCGCCGAAAUGAUGAUUAAGCUGAUUUUGUCAUUAUAUCCUGGCCUUGUUAUCAAUAGGCGAUCUUGAA